AUGUAUUGCUGUGGGCUGGGACACUGGCGGAGAGUGCAGUCCACCUAUGGAGAGCGUCAGGACUCGGAUGCCGUUGAGGAAAGAAACGCUCAGGUGCAGCUGGAGAAGGCCAAGUACAAGCCUGUGGCAUUCGCGGUACGUUGCAACUUCUCUUACACGCCAGCAGACGACGACAACGUUCCCGUACCGGGCCAGGCCGUCACCUUCGAGGCCAGAGACUUCCUCCAUGUCAAAGAGAAGUUUAACAAUGAGUGGUGGAUCGGACGGCCGGUGAAGGAGGAUGGUGUGGUGGGCUUCAUCCCCAGUCCAGUCAACCUGGAAACCAUUCUCAUCAGAAGAGAAGUCCAGGCGAGGAAGGCUGCCAAGGCCUUAGCCAACAAAGCAGCAUCUCAAGCAGCUCAAGAUAUGAACUCAAAGAAGUAUACUCCUCCGUCACAAGCCAAUCAGCAGGUGAAAAAGAAGCCGGGGGAGCAGGUGGCUAUGUAUGAUGUAGUGCCUACAAUGCGUCCUGUGGUUCUAAUGGGACCAUCACUGAAGGGCUUAGAGGUUACAGAUAUGAUGCAAAAAGCACUAUUUGAUUUUUUAAAACACCGAUUUGAAGGCAGAAUUACUAUUACACGGGUCACAGCAGACAUCUCUCUGGCUAAACGGUCCAUCCUCAACAACCCGGGCAAAAAGGCCUUAAUUGACCGGUCGAACACCCGCUCCAAUUUAGAUGCUGCCGCCCAGAUCCAGGGGGAGGUGGAGCGUAUCUUUGAGCUCGCCCGCAGCCUGCAGCUGGUGGUUCUAGAUGCAGACACAGUCAACCAUCCUCUCCAGGUGUCCAAGACCUCCCUGGCACCAAUCCUAGUCUAUGUCAAGAUCUCCUCACCAAAGGUGUUGACACGACUGAUCAAGACUAGAGGGAAGUCACAGACCAAACAUCUUAACGUUCAGCUGGUGGCAGCAGACAAGCUUGCCCAGUGCCCACCGGAAAUGUUUGAUGUCAUCUUAGAUGAGAACCAGCUAACCGAUGCCUGUGAGCACAUUGCUGAUUAUCUGGAGUCUUACUGGAGAGCCACUCAUCCACCAGAAAUGGAGCCUGACAACACACUGGUGGCCCAGCUGGCUGAGAAUACACUGCCUACCAGUCCUUCAGCAAUAAAGGACGGGGAGAAAAACAAGAAGUCAGCUGCCUCCAAGAGGAAGGGUUCCCGGGAGAACCAUCUAGACCAGGAGCCCCCUCCCGCCCCAGCACAGGAACAGAGGGCUGAGGAGGGCCAGAGAGAGGAGGAAGAGCGGCUCCUGAGGACUGAACCUAAGAGACCCCAGCACACCCAUCACCAUCACCAUCACCACCACCACCACCACCGCCGGAUGGAGCAUCACAGCCACGCGCAGCACAACCAAACAUCAGGUGCCCUGGAAGUGCAGUCGAGCAGGGAUUACAGCCAGAGGCUUCCCCGCAGGCACCUGCCUGAGGAGAGGGAGGAAGAGGCGGAGGAGGACGAUGAGGACGCUCGCUAUAACCACCGGGGCCAUAACCACCACCAUCAUAACAGCAACCACCACCAUCACCACCAUCACCACCACCAACAUCACCGUGGGAACAGCCAGCCACACGUCGGGGAAGAUUAUGAGCAGGAGCACAAUGAACGCAACCGGCAGCACAGGCACCACCCGCAUAUUCCCCCACGGACACACCACACGGAUCACUCCCCUGCGCACAAUCACCACAACUACCACCAGUACCAUGACAGAGACAGAGACAGGGACAGAGAUAGAGAAAGACACAAGGACAGGGAGAGAGACAGGGACCGAGACAGAGAUAGGGACAGAGAUAGGGAUGGAGGCAAAGAUAGAGACAGAGAUGCACGACAAUGGCACAGGGAUUCCUAUAUACAGUAGUGACUGUGUUGUUUCUUCUGUGGGUUGGUUCAUGGUCUCAUGCUGCUCAAGUUUUAAUGCACUAAUGGACGGGGCAGAGUGGUGUGUCAUCUUUGUAGACAAUGUUUCUCCUCGUAUUGUUUGCCAUGUUUUAUUUUUUACUCUCUGCCACUCGCACACU